AUGUGGGAUUUAGGGAAUCUUUGGGCUGAAGUUAGCAAGAACACAUCAAUGGCUGCUGGUUCUUCAUCUUCAAUGGUGGCUUCUCCUUCGUCGUAUCUAUCGGUUAUGAAUGAGAUUCAUGUUUUGCUAGUUGACCAUGACUCGGAUGGGCUUACUCACACCGCAAAAUUACUCGAAUCGUGUCAAUACCGAGUAACUCAUGUCGAAUAUGCUUCGUCCGCCAUAACAAUGCUGACAAACGGGAAGGUGAAAUACGACAUUGUCAUGGCUAACGUGAACUCGCCCGAUCUCCAUGGAUUCAAGCUUGUGCAGGAUGCAGCCAAGAUGAACAUACCGGUCAUUUUUAUGUCCAUUGAUGACAAUGCAUUCAUGGCAUUGAGAGCUGUCGAAUUCGGUGCGUUUCUCUAUAUGAAGAAACCGGCGACAAAGGAGAUGAUGAGUUUCCUAUGGCAAUACGUGACGAGGGAGAGGAUGAAGUUAAUGCCGCCAAAUAAUUUUAUUAAUAAUAAUAUUAAUAAUGUGCGGGGCGUGGAGAUUAGGGAAGUGGUGCAUCAUACCGACUACCAAAACCCUAAUAAUAAUAUCGUUUACGGCAACAACAUGAUGAUGAACAACAUGGUCGUGAUGAACGACAAAGGCAACGCCACGGCAAUCAUGGAUAUGCCCGGGAUAGUCAAUGGUGUUCUUGUCGAUAAUCAAGAUAUCUACGACUCGGAGGAACGUAUGUUGAUGAUUAGUAAUAAUAAUAGGGUUAAGCGAAAGGUGUGCACCGAGUGGACUCAGGAACUGCACGAAAAAUUUAUGGAAGCCGUUGAAGAACUUGGCGAUGGAAGGUGUUUCCCGAAAGAGAUUCUGGAGUUGAUGAAGGUACCUGGUCUUACAAGAAUGCAAGUGGCUAGCCAUCUUCAGAAAUGUCGUAACGACAACUGGCGGUCGCCGCAGCAGCGAAAGGCCAGCCUGGCAGUGCAGGCGGUGUCGACCGAUAGCGGCGGGACAGGGUACAAGCCGAGGAGAUUCGGAUCCAUGCCCAAAUUGGGCAAAACGGGCGUGGCUCCGUCGUCGCACCGGAUGAUCCAGGACGGUGGGCCGCAUGGCUCCAAAACCCUAGCCGAGAGCGAGAUCGUUAUUGAGAGCCAAGUCGAGAACACGGUGAAUAUGGGGUCCGUUGUCAUGGCCGGUGACGGUACGCCACAUCAUCAUUACGGAGGGUCGUCGUCGGUCAACGCUGGAAGUGGUGGUGGUGUACCUGCACCGCCACCACCUGCAGGUGCAGGGAUGUUAAUAUACUCUACAAACCCUAGGCACCCAUCUGAUGACUUCUUCAGCUUUGACCAUGAUAUGGACUGCCUGAUUCAGAAUUUCGCGGGUAAUAAUUUGGCGGCUGGAUCCACACCGGUUAACGACGUGGCUGAUACGAGCGUGUACCAUUACGAGGACCCGGUUUAUAACCAGCAUCAUGAACAGAACUGUAACAACGUGGCGGCGGCGGUGAAUGUGGAGAGCGGAGGAGCGCAGUGGAAUUCGGAUACUUCCAACUUUGAGAGUGAUGAUUCAGGAAACAGGGGUAAUUAG